ACUGGGUUUGUGUUUACACACAUAAAGUUCUCAUCUUUUUUAUCUUCUUUCAAUCGAGAAGAUUAUAGAGCUGAGUGAGUUUCUUGAGUUUUAAUGGGAGGUUGUUUCAGCAAUCGGAUCAAAACAGAUAUUGCUUCCAGUACAUGGUUAAGUUCGAAAUUCUUGAGUAGAGAUGGGAGCAAGGGCUCGUCGACCACCUCCUUCUCUUAUAUGCCUCGAACAGAAGGCGAGAUCUUGCAAAAUGCUAAUCUGAAGAACUUUAGUCUCAGUGAGCUGAAAUCUGCAACCAGGAAUUUCCGGCCUGAUAGUGUGGUUGGUGAAGGUGGAUUUGGUUGUGUUUUCAAAGGCUGGAUCGAUGAGGCCUCACUCACUCCUUCUAAACCGGGGACCGGGAUUGUCAUUGCAGUUAAAAGACUUAACCAAGAAGGGUUUCAAGGUCAUCGAGAGUGGCUGGCUGAGAUCAAUUAUUUAGGCCAGCUGGAUCAUCCUAACCUUGUGAAACUGCUUGGAUACUGCUUGGAAGAGGAGCACAGGCUUCUUGUUUACGAGUUUAUGCCCCGUGGUAGUCUUGAGAAUCACUUAUUCAGAAGAGGAACAUUCUAUCAGCCACUUUCAUGGAACACGCGGGUUCGAAUGGCUCUUGGUGCAGCUAGAGGACUUGCUUUUCUUCACAAUGCUCAACCGCAAGUUAUAUACCGAGACUUCAAAGCAUCCAACAUCUUGCUAGAUUCGAACUACAAUGCAAAGCUUUCGGAUUUUGGUUUGGCUAGAGAUGGUCCAAUGGGUGACAAUAGCCAUGUAUCUACCAGAGUCAUGGGAACUCAGGGAUACGCUGCGCCGGAAUAUCUAGCUACAGGAAGACGAGCAAUCGACAAGAACCAACCAGUAGGAGAACACAAUCUAGUGGAUUGGGCAAGGCCUUACUUAACAAACAAAAGAAGGCUUCUCCGAGUGAUGGACCCUCGUCUCCAAGGUCAAUACUCGCUAACCCGAGCUUUAAAAAUUGCAGUUCUUGCACUUGAAUGCAUAUCCAUAGAUGCCAAGAAUAGACCGACCAUGAACGAAAUCGUCAAGACACUGGAAGAACUUCAUAUCCAGAAGGAAGCACCGAAAGAGCAGCAGAAUCCACAAGUCAGCAUUGACAACAACAUCAACAAAUCUCCACAAGCUGUUAAUUAUCCUAGGCCUUCAAUUAUGUAACCAUAAAAUUAUCCUAGGCGAUCUUUUUACCGGGUUCUAGAGAUGUAUAGACUCUUUACCAUCUGUCUGUUUAGGUAUUGUGCUGUUUGGUAGUAUAACAAAAGAGUCUCUUCUUU